AUUGACUUUGGUCUUUCUGAGGACUCAUUUUUAGAGACAUUUCAAGAUAAAGAGUGGAAGAAACGUUGGACCGUAUCCCACGCUAGAAGAGAUGGAGAGUUUACUUAUGUUGGGAAAUGGGACGUGGAGGAACCAUCAAUCUAUGCUGGAUUUAAAAAUGAUAAAGGGUUGGUGGUCAAAUCUCCUGCUGCCCACCAUGCUAUUUCUACCAUUUUCGACAAACCAUUUAAUAACAAAGACAAUACACUAGUGCUUCAAUAUGAGGUGAAAUUGCAAAAAGGGUUAUCUUGUGGUGGCGCUUAUAUCAAAUUAUUAUCAAAUUCGCAAGAAUUGAAAGAAAAUCAUUUUUCAAAUGAGACACCAUACCAAGUUAUGUUUGGUCCAGAUAAAUGUGGAACAACCAAUAAGGUGCAUUUGAUUAUCAAAAGAAAAGAUCCAGUCACCGGAGAGUAUGAAGAAAAGCAUCUCAAAACUCCUCCAAUGAUUAGAAAUGUCAAGGUCUCCACGCUAUAUACAUUGAUUCUUGAUGAAAAUCAAAAUUAUGAAAUUAGAAUUAAUGGUGAUGUUGCUAAAGCCGGAUCAUUGACUGAUGAAAAUACAUUCUCACCCAAAUUGAAUCCAGAAAAGGAAAUUGACGAUGUGAAUGAUGUCAAACCAGAGGAUUGGGAUGAUGAAGAAGAAAUUCCAGAUCCAGACCAAACCGAAAAACCAGAGGAUUGGGAUGAAACUCAGCCUAAAUUAAUUCCCGAUCCAAAGGCUAAAAAACCCAAAAAUUGGGACGAAGAUGCUCCUAACCAUAUCACUGAUCCAGAUGCCAAAGUUCCAGAAGAUUGGGAUGAAGAGGAAGAUGGAGAAUGGAUUGCUCCCGAAAUCCCCAAUCCAGUUUGUCAAAAACAUGGAUGUGGUAAAUGGGAAGCACCACAAAUCCCCAACCCUGAAUACAAAGGCAAAUGGAGACAACCAUUAAUUACCAACGUCAACUAUCAAGGCGAGUGGAAACCAAGAAAGAUCCCCAAUCCCGAUUAUUACGAAGAUUCCAAACCUGCCGAUCUUGAAGAGAUUGGAGGUAUUGGUUUUGAAUUAUGGACUAUGGAUAAUGAUAUUUUGUUUGACAACAUUUACCUUGGACAUUCAAUCAGAGAAGCUGAAUUCGUUGGCAAUACCACAUUCGUUCCCAAAUUAGAUAUCGAAGAACAAGAAUCGUCAGCCAAUGCACCAAAGGCACCAAAGAGUCCAUCUAAACCA